AUGAAUGUUCAGGUAACGGUCGUUGAUAUGAAUUUUGACAAAAUAGCCCAGUGGAACUCGGACAAAUUGCCCAUUUUUGAGCCUGGACUUGACGAAAUUGUUUUCGCUGCUCGAGGAAGGAAUCUUCAUUUCGUCACCGAUAUACCGAGGGCCAUUCGUGAAGCUGACUUGAUUUUCAUUUCUGUGAAUACGCCAACAAAAACCUAUGGUAGAGGAAAGAUUGUGGUGGAAAAAAGUACAGUACCAGUUCGAGCAGCUGAAAGUAUCAACUACAUUCUUAGAGAAGCUCAACAAAAUGAUCCACGUCUGUCAUUCCAGGUGCUUUCAAAUCCCGAAUUUUUGGCUGAAGGGACAGCUAUAAGAGAUCUAUCGAAUCCGGAUCGGGUUCUGAUCGGAGGAGAAUCUUCACCGCAAGGUGCGGCGGCGGUAGCCGAGCUAGUGCGAGUUUACGAGCACUGGGUUCCUCGGGAUCGAAUUAUCACAACAAAUACUUGGAGUUCGGAACUGUCGAAGCUGGCGGCUAACGCAUUUCUCGCUCAACGAAUAUCGUCCAUCAAUGCGAUUUCGGCGAUUUGUGAAGCUACUGGAGCCGAUGUUAAAGAAGUUGCUCACGCUAUCGGCUUCGAUUCACGAAUAGGCAAUAAAUUCCUGGAAGCCAGUGUAGGAUUUGGCGGUAGUUGUUUCCAAAAGGAUGUCCUAUCCUUAGUCUACCUGUGUGAAUCUCUGAAUUUACAAAAGGUGGCGGACUAUUGGAUGGGGGUAGUUGACAUCAACUGUUGGCAACGUCGUCGAUUCUCCGACAAGAUCAUUGCUGAACUAUUCAACACCGUUGCUGAUAAGAAACUCACCAGGAGAGGUUUUUAUACGGUUAAGAAAGCUCGCCAGAAUACUGAUAAGGUCGAUGUGUUUAGGGAAUCGUCAGCAAUCCAUGUUAUCAGUCAUCUGCUUGAAGAACGCGCUCACAUAUCCGUCUACGACCCAAAGGUGACCGAAGAACAAAUACGGUACGAACUGGAACAGCGUUCACCUUUUGAAUUGGGUGAGUUCAACAUUGCUCAUCUGAUUCGACUUAAUGAUAUCAAGCCAUACAUUUCAGUGUCGAAACUGGUAACGGUACAUGACAACCCCUAUACAGCAGCCAACGAGUCGCAUGCCAUUGUCAUUCUUACCGAAUGGGAUGAAUUCAAAGUGAGUAGCAUUAUCUUUCAUCAUGUUUGA